AUGCCUACCUCUGCUCCCCUCGUCAACACCGCCAAUGGCGCCUCCGCCAACGACAACAUCACCCGCUUCGACCCCCCCAGCCGUGUGCGCUCUCCCCUCAGCAACGCCCUCUUCCACAACAAGACGAGAUGUUUCGUAUAUGGUAUGCAGCCCCGUGCUGUCCAGGGUAUGCUUGACUUCGACUUCAUCUGCAAGCGUUCCACUCCCUCCGUCGCCGGUAUCAUCUACACCUUCGGUGGCCAGUUCGUGAGCAAGAUGUACUGGGGUACCAGCGAGACCCUCCUCCCCGUCUACCAGGAUGUCUCCAAGGCCAUGGCCAAGCACCCUGACGUUGACACCGUUGUCAACUUCGCCUCUUCCCGUUCCGUCUACAGCUCCACCAUGGAGCUCAUGGAGUGCCCCCAGAUCCGCUCCAUUGCCAUCAUUGCUGAGGGUGUCCCCGAGAGACGCGCUCGUGAGAUCAUGGUCAAGGCCAAGGAGAAGGGCAUCACCAUCAUCGGACCUGCUACCGUCGGUGGUAUCAAGCCCGGUGCCUUCAAGAUCGGUAACACUGGUGGUAUGAUGGACAACAUCGUUGCCUCCAAGCUCUACCGCAAGGGUUCCGUCGGUUACGUCUCCAAGUCCGGUGGUAUGUCCAACGAACUCAACAACAUCAUCUCUCAGACCACCGACGGUGUCUACGAGGGUGUUGCCAUUGGUGGUGACCGUUACCCCGGUACCACUUUCAUCGACCACCUGCUCCGCUACCAGGCUGAGCCCGAGUGCAAGAUCCUGGUUCUGCUGGGUGAGGUCGGUGGUGUUGAGGAGUACCGCGUCAUCGAGGCCGUCAAGAACGGCACCAUCACCAAGCCCAUCGUCGCCUGGGCCAUCGGUACCUGCGCUAGCAUGUUCAAGACUGAGGUUCAGUUCGGUCACGCUGGUGCCUCUGCCAACUCCGACCUCGAGACUGCUGUUGCCAAGAACAAGGCCAUGCGUGAGGCCGGUAUCUUCGUUCCCGAGACCUUCGAGGACCUUCCCCAGACCCUCAAGGAGGUUUACGAUGACCAGGUCAAGAAGGGCAUCGUCAAGCCCCAGCCUGAGCCUGUCGUCCCUAAGAUCCCCAUCGACUACUCCUGGGCUCAGGAGCUGGGUCUCGUCCGUAAGCCCGCUGCUUUCAUCUCCACCAUCUCCGACGACCGUGGCCAGGAGCUCCUCUACGCCGGUAUGCCCAUCUCUGAUGUCUUCCGUGAGGACAUUGGCAUUGGUGGUGUUAUGUCUCUUCUGUGGUUCCGCCGCCGCCUCCCUGCCUACGCCAGCAAGUUCCUUGAGAUGGUCCUCAUGCUUACUGCUGACCACGGUCCUGCCGUGUCUGGUGCCAUGAACACCAUCAUCACCACUCGUGCCGGCAAGGACUUGAUCAGCGCUCUCGUCUCUGGUCUCCUGACCAUCGGUUCUCGCUUCGGUGGUGCCCUGGACGGCGCUGCUGAGGAGUUCACCAAGGCCUUCGACAAGGGCAUGAGCCCCCGUGACUUCGUUGACACCAUGCGCAAGGAGAACAAGCUGAUCCCCGGUAUUGGUCACCGUGUCAAGUCCCGCAACAACCCCGAUCUCCGUGUUGAGCUCGUCAAGGAGUUCGCCAAGAAGCACUUCCCCAGCACCAAGCUGCUCGACUACGCUAUUGCUGUCGAGACUGUCACCACCUCCAAGAAGGACAACCUCAUCCUCAACGUUGACGGUUGCGUUGCCGUCUGCUUCGUUGACCUGAUGCGCAACUGCGGUGCCUUCUCUUCCGAGGAGGUUGAGGACUACAUGAAGAUGGGUGUCCUCAACGGUCUCUUCGUCCUUGGUCGUUCCAUUGGUCUCAUUGCCCACUACCUCGACCAGAAGAGACUCCGCACUGGUCUGUACAGACACCCCUGGGAUGACAUCACCUACCUUCUCCCCGCCCUCCAGAAGGGUGGCUCCGAGGGCCGUGUCGAGGUCAGCGUCUAA